AUGAUUACAAAUUUGUAUCUAACCAAAUUAUCUUUACAAUUAAAGGUUUAUGGCAAUUUGGCUCCAACUAGACAUAAGAAAUUAAAAAAUUUAAAUUUAUUUGAAAAAGAAAAAGAAAAAGAAAUUUAA